AUGAAUGUUCAACUAGCUGCUGAGCUUGAUGCAUUUGACGACUAUGUUAACAAUUUUACAUCACAGAUGAACGAAAUCCUUAAUGGAAAACUUUCAGCUGAUAUGACUGACGUUUCGUCUGACCCAAUCGGUCAUUCAAACAAGCCUGAUGUAGAUUCUGAGCCAUGUGCAACCAAAUCGACUUUGAAUAUACCAGAUGAUGCUAUGCAGCCAAUAGUAUGGGAUAAGAAUAGUAGCAAUACGCCUGGUCCUGACAUAUCUAAUGAUAUUGCAUUGGCAUGCGAAACCUCCAAUCCUGUUCAAGAUGCUGUACACAAAGUCAACAAGAGUAUUGACCAGAUUAACCUCGGUAAUACCAAAAAUAGCUUGAAUAUCACAAGUAAACCAUCCAACACGAUUGACUACUCCAAAUGGGAGAAUAUUGAUGUUGACACUGAUGUGACAUGCAACACUUCCCUAAACCAGACUGAUGACAAAACAUCAUUUAAAAAGCUUGAAUCAAACAAGGACGCAAAGAAUCAUACGCAAAAAACCGCACCACUUUCCAAUCUAGUUUCUGCUUCUAAAUCUGCAACCUCUGACUGCUCAAAUCAGUCGGUGCUUCCACGACACAUUCAAGUUGUGCAUGAUGCGGUAAAUCGCUCUCGACAGAUGGGAAAUGCAGCGUUUAAAAAAGGCGAUUAUGAACAAGCCAUCUCUCACUACUCUGUCGCAAUUGAAACAAGUCUGUCGCCUUCCAAAGAUUUACUUGACACCCAAACUGACUCUCAAGUUGCUUCAAAUGAUCCUUUUUCCUUUCUCGACAGAAUCUUGAAACCUGUACCUAUUUUGGUCAAUACCAGUUUAUACACUAAUCGCGCUUUCGCAUUUCUGAAAUUGUGCAAAUGGGCAGAAGCAGAAGCUGAUUGUUGUCUUGCCUUGAAUGUGGAUCCAACAAACACUAAAGGACUUUGGCGACGCAUAGAGGCUCGUUGGCGACUUGGACAAUCCGAAUUGGCAAUAAAAGAUGCGCAUACACUUCGUCAAAUCAUUUUGGACGGUAGCCAUACUCGAACCGAUAUUUCCGAAAAAGAUAUCGAUGGUAUUUUGAAUCGAAUUCAAAGUAGCAGCAAGUCGAAUAACUCAUCCUCAAUUAAAGUGAAAUGCAAUAAUGAGUUUGCACGACUUUCAACACAACUUUCAGCGUAUGCUACAUGCUUAAAUUCUAAUUUACCAAUUGAUGAAAAGGUAAAAGCUAAUCAGAUUAUCGAGAUUCAAGCACAGUUUGCCACAGUUAUGGCCAUGAUUGAGGAGCAUAAUGAGAUCAGAUUUCAAGAUGGAUUUUGCGACUGGAUUGGACAGUUUAUUAUUUACGAUUCCACACAUUGCAACGAAUUUGCAACCUUGCUUAUUCCUCUGCUGAUCAAGUCAUGCUACGACUGUACACAAAAUAUCGUCCUAGUAGGAGGUCAUAUGCGAUACAUCUCGUCCAUACUUUAUAAUACAAAAGACCCAAAACUGCCUUGGAUGGUGAUGGAACUUUUAUAUAUGCUUGCAGCAGAUACAACCGUGUCGGGACAACAGUUUAGUCAGGCUGGUGAUCAUGCUAAAGAAUUAGGCGCUUUACUGCUGCGCUCCCUUGAUCCAAAGCAACCUGAAUAUAUUUGUGGAUACGGACUAUCCAUUGCACACAGUAUUCUUUCACUGCCCACUUGUAAAUGUGUUGCUAUUUUGAAAACUUGGGAUAUUCAAAAUUCAUUGUUGGUGUCUCGGCUCUGUACGUUUUCAUUUUUGUCAGCAACAGCAAACAGCACUAUUAAAGAAAGAUCGGAUAUAGAUUCCAUACUGCUGGCACAAAAAUGCUUGUUUCAAGUCACUUUACUGCCUAAUGCUCGUGUUGCACUAGAUGAACACAUGCAUACAAUGAUGGAUCAACUCUCUAGUAUGCUACAUGUCUUGAUUGAAUCUACUCCACUUUUAGAAAGUUGUAUUAGAAACAUUGAAACAUUGCUUGCUAUUCUUCACAAUCUUGUCACCAUGCAAAAAAAAGUAGAGUAUGAUCUUGCCAGAUUCCAAUUGCUCAUGUUUGAUUUGAUUGAUCUUGCUAGUAGAAAUCAAGGGAUGUUUGUAUCUGAUGUGUACCGAAUUCUUCCCAAGCUUGCUCAAAAGUAUCCCGUGAUUGCAUCGAGAUUGUUGGAUGCUGACUGGAAGAAACUUGACUGGUUAGCAUAUUUAACUGACGAGUCCAAAUCCGAUGAUUUGCGUGCCAAUAUUCUUCAAAGCAUGUGCAUUUGGCUACAGUAUGGAAAUCAAAUGGAUAUUGAAUCACGAAUUGAUAGGUGGUACAACUGUGGUGGACUACAAGUAUUGGCAAGCAUAUUAGAAUCGACGCAAGUCCAACUACCCCGUCUUAUUGGAAAUGCUACUUUUUGUGCAUCAGAAUGUGCAAGGCGUAAGAGUUGUGCUGAGCGUCUUGUUGAUCUUGGAGUGAUUAAGAGUCUAGUUUAUCAUAUGGAUCACACCAAUGAUACAGCGAUUUUAAAGAAUAUAGCCAUAUGUUGCGCGCUGUUGUCUAAAACAGAAAAAGGAUUAACUAUUGCCCGAUCGCAUAGAAUUAUUGAAAGGAUAAGAGCUCUUGACAUUACGGCGUAACCAACCGAGUCUGUAAUGAGGCAGAAUAAAAUGGACACUCGAACCC